GAAUGUUACUUCUAUACACUAGUUAAUCUUAUGCUAGGCUACUACAUGCUUAUGUGUAAAGGUAACUACUAUUCUAUAAAGAUCUUAGACCUGUUUACUUUUAAGUUUAAAAAAAAAGGCUCUAUGCGCUAUAUGCCCUUAAUAUUUACUACCUAUGUAAGUAAGUAG